AUGGAGCCGUGCGACAGACAGCUACCGUCAUGUUCCCAGUGUGUCGCUGUGGGUGCGGAAUGCAGGGGCUUCAAUUCAGCCCGCGACGCCGCCGUUCCACGAAGUAUCGUACACCAUCUUGAGAAUGAGAUUGCCAGCCUCGAGUUGAAAUUGGCAGAACUGGGCUGCGACGAGGCUGAGAUCCAGGAACUUGAUCACAACGAGCCUACUUCUGUCCUUGGUAUGACUGCUAUGAUCGAUGAGCCGCCGCAGAUCUCCUCCUCGGACACGGAGAUCAGAGAGCAAAACGUGGCGGUCGAACAUGCGAUGAGCAGUCCCACUUCGAAUACACCCUCGCGCCAUCGGAGAACAUCGAGCUCCCGAGAUGCGACCAAGGAGCGUGUGAUUGCCAGCGCCGAAAUGCAAUCGAUGAUCAAUGCGACCUUGCCAGUCGGCCCGUCGCUAACAGAUGUAGUACGGCGAGUCCGGAUGGGACUCACACCGUCGCUUGUGCUCUCACCUGAGGCGAAGGAGCAGGCCCAAAGCAAGACGCCGGCCCAGAAUCGCGAUAGCGAGCCCGAGGCCGAUGUGUCGAUCUUGGCAAGCCUUCCGUCUCACGUGGUCCACACGUUGGUCAAGAAGUACGUGCAGCGCAUGCUCCCCGUCCACCCCUUUCUCUACGAGCCCACGAUAUGGGAACAGCUCGACCGCGUGCUCUUGAAGAUCCCACGAUCUGAAGGGGGACGGUCUUGCCCACAGACGGUACGGCUCGACUACGACUUCCUCGUCAUCUACUUAAUUCUCUCCGUGUCUACAACUUUGGGCAGCGCAAAGGUAGGGCACGGUGCCCGGUGCAUGGCCUUCUCGGAAGCGCUCUUCAAGGAAGGGAUUCGUCACCUCUCGCAGAAUGCGGCGUAUCCUUCAGACAUGGCUUGGAUCCAAGUGACGUUGCUGAUUCUGCAGUACGCAUCCAUCAACCCAAAGCUGGGAAAUGUGUGGAUCCUCAGCGGGUUCGCCAUGCGCAACUGCCUCGAGCUGGGUCUGCAUCGUGAAGUGUCGGAGAGUAUGGGUCUGGACCCUUUGACUGUCGAUUUACGCAGACGCAUCUUUUGGGCCGCAUACUGUAUGGAUCGGUCCAUUUGUGCGGCGCUCCAGAGGCCCCUGUCUAUUCCCGACCCGGCGAUCGAUACGAGCGUCAUGUCAGUGCUCGAAGAUCGGUGCAUCACUUCCCGUGGACUCGAUCACCGAGGACAGGCAACCAAGAAGCUGGCCAUUCGCUGGAUCGAAUAUCGACGAGUGCAAUCCACCAUCAUCGAAGUCCAUUUCCAAGGCCGCCUGCUGGAACCCCAACAGACAUGGCAGGAGUGGCUGGCGGCAACAGAGCGACGGCUAUGGGAAUGGUACCAAUCCGAUCUCCCACACGACGGGUGGACCGAGUUCGCGUUAAUGCACGGUCUGGUAAUGUUGCACCGCCCUUCGUCUCGCGUGCCCUUGCCAUCCUCCACAAGCAUGUCCACGGCUUUCGAGGCCGCCUGCUCGUCGGCCAAGAGCUGCCGCGGGCAGAUCCUGUCGGGAUAUUUCCCGCGCCCAUGGCUUGCGGCUCAUCACACCUUCGAAACGGCCCUGGUAGUGCUGUUCUGUUUACGACACAACUUCGAGGCGAUUGCGCUGCAAUUCAGCCCCAAUGAGAUCUUUGACAUGACAAAGCUCUUCACUUCGAACCUGCUGACUAUUUCGAGUCAAGGCUGGACCGAAGUCUCCGAGUAUGCGGCCAUUUACGAGAGACUGCUGGGUCCACUACUCCAUGCCAUUUUCACGCGAUCCAGAUCCGUCUCGACGGCGUAUACUCCAGAGCAGGAGGAGGAACUGGCUCGGCUGCUGUACCCCAGUCCCGCACAUCCUCAGGAGCUGCGAUUCGCGGAUGUAAGCGGCGCCAGCGUCACCGAGGAUCUGUUCUCCUUCGACGCGGGGGUAUUCAACUGGGAGGACGAUUUGCUUGCGAACGACACGGAUUCCUUCCCUUUGUUGUUAUUCUAG